CUACCCAUCCCGUCAAGCAUUUUAAUUUUAAUACGCACCGUUUCAAACAUUUUUUUUUUUAAAAAAUUAAGCUCAGAGCUUUCUUUCUCUCUUUCAGACAAGAAGAGCAGAAGAAGAAGAAGAAGAAGAAGAAGAAGAAGAAAAUUCACCUCUUCCUCCUUUCCUUAGGAGUAUCUGCGACUUUGCGAGGCUGGGACGACAAUCUCUUGAGCUCCGAUCUCUUCUCUCUCGCCUGUCUCUCUCUUCCGCCAGUCUCUCUCUCGCCUUAUCUGGAGGCCUGAUUCGAGAUCCUUGUUGAGGGGAAAAUGGAUGGAAACAAAAAAGAUGGAAACAAAGAGGAAGGUACUGUGAAGUCUGUGAACACACUCGCCAAAGAGAUGGCUAGGAAGUUAAUAAUGCAAUACGUGGACGACGACGUUGUUGCCAAAGUCAAAUCCGCCAAGAGCUCAGUUCGAACGCGUCCACCGCCUGAUUUCAAGUCUCAGUCAUUGAAUGCACGACCAACUGUGACACAGUGGAAGCUCUUGGAUACUAUUCUUGAAGAAAUUCUUGUAUUAAUUAGCCCCAUAGAAGGUGAUUCUGCCAUGAGGAAGGCCAUCAUUAUUCAACUGCGUGACUUAUUAAGAUCUGUAGAAGGCUUAAGAUCUCUUUCCGUAGAACUUUAUGGAUCAUUCGUCUCCGAACUCUACACAAAAUGGAGCGACAUGGAUAUCUCUGUUCUCACAAUCCAUCCCACCGACAUAGACGAGACACAGCAUGUACUUCGACAGAUAUAUGAUGCAAUGAGAAAGGAUAAGUCAGGUUUUUGGUACAGCACAGAGCUUAUUUGCGGUGCGCGAGUUCCCAUUGUGAAAGGAUUGUGCAAACACCACCAGGAUACCUCUUUUGACGUUUCAGUUAAUAACGUGAAAGGGAUCUUGAAGAGCAAGUUCUUUCUCUGGAUCAGUAGGAUUGAUAUCAGAUUCCGCCCCUUGGUUUUGAUAGUGAAGAAAUGGGCUCAAGUUCAUAAUAUCAACAGCUCAAAAGAUGGAACUUUGAACUCCUAUUCUCUGUGUUUGUUAGUCAUCUUCCAUCUUCAGACAUGCUGGCCUGCAAUAUUACCGCCUCUGCAACAAAUAUAUCCUAGAAAUGCUUCGGACGAUCUGAAAGGUGUAAGAAGCGAAGCAGAGAAAAAGAUACAGAAGAUUGCUGAUGCUAAUAUAGCUAGACUUAGAUCAGGCUCAAAGAAUACAAGUUCCAUCUCUGAUCUUUUGUUAUCAUUUUUCGAAAAGUUUUCAGACAUUACUGUGAAAGCCACAAAUCUCGGUGUUUGCACGUGGACUGGAAAGUGGGAGAACAUUAAUGACAACAUGAGAUGGGUUUUGCCUAGGAAAGUCCAACUCUUUGUGGAAGAUCCAUUUGACCAGCCGGAGAAUGCAGCUAGGAGUGUGAGUCAAUUGGACAAAAUAGCAGAUGUAUUCAAGAAAUCAUCGCGCAGUCUCGCCUCAGCUAAUGACAGAGAUGCCAUUGUGCGUCUUCUAGCAGGCCACACGUCUCAAUAUCAAUGAGCAGAGGGGGAGAGUAGACAAGUCUUCUCCAGCAAAUAUUUUGACUCAUCUAACGUACCAAAAACUUCACGAGCCUCUAUUUCAGCAACAACUUUAGUUCAUCGUUCACCAGGAAGCCACCAUUUUUGUCUUGAAGUCUGAGAGUUUGUAUGAAAUCUGAGAAAAUUUCUAUUGUUCAUGGGUUCAACAAUCUUUUGCUAAUGUCAAAGAGUUUGUAUGAAAUCUGAGAAAAUUUCUAUUGUUCAUCGGUUUUAUGACACAAAUAUAUGUUUUUUUUUGCUGGAGUUAAUUUGUUUCAUGUCUAUAAUCUUCUCUCGAUCAUGCUUUCCA